AUGGAUAUUCGACUUCCAAACAAACUACGCACACCGGCAGUCUCAAACAUAGCCACCCCUGUAUUGGACCAAGACUCCAAGCAGACUACAAGUGUUCAACUCGGAGCUCUUAUUUCAAUUAUCCAACCAUCACACCCGAGAUUGUUUGCCACGGAGCAGGAAUGGGAUAGACUUCCGGAGGUGAUAGGGACAGACUCAUACAUGACACAAUGGCAUCAAACUAUCUCGGAGCGGGCUGAGAUCUGGCGAACCAGACCCCAUGUUAACUACUCCUUAGAAGGCAUAUCCGGUAACGGGGUCCUAGAUACCGCGCGUGAAGUCCAGUUACGUGUGAAACAUUGGGCCUACAUGUUUCGUGUGACACGAGAUACGAAAUGGAAGAGCCGAGUGUGGGAAGAACUUCUCGUGGCCUCGGGAAACUCAACAGUGUACUUCGGUGUCGAUGGAGACAAUUGGAACAGCCAGCAUUGGCUUGACAUAGGCGAGUUUCUCGUUGCCUUUGCUUACGCUUACGACUGGAUGUACGAUGCGUGGAGACCCGAAGAACGCGAAGGCAUCAUGUGGUCUAUCAUUUCAUUAGGUCUUACAAAAGGACUAGAGGCGUAUAACGAUGAGGCAUGGUUCCUCCGUGCCAAAGGUAAUUGGAACUGUGUAACGAACGGUGGCAUCAUCAUUGCUUCUCUUGCGAUUUACCGCGAUGAUCCUACUGGGGUCGCAGAGGCACUGCUAGGGCGUGCAAUUAAGAACGCGAGGGAACACUGCGCACAAGCUGUCCAGACGGAUGGAACUUGGGUCGAGACGCCUGACUAUUGGCAUUUUGGGACACAAGCUCACGCGCAGUUGGCAUCAGCGCUCCUUUCGGCCACCGGGAGCACCCAGGGGCUUCUGACAGCAAACCGAGGUUUCAAAGACACCGGAAUGUUCCAUAUGUAUAACAACGGGAUGACAGACAAGUUCAAUUACGGGGAUUGUGGGCCGAGGAAGAUCACAGCCACGGCCAACUCGCUCUUCUUUUACGGAGACCAAUUUAUGAUGCCGGCAUAUACGCUGUACCAAAGGGUGAAGGCUGAAGCUGCCGAUCCCCUAUCGAUGCUCUGGUAUAAACCGCAAUUGAAGGGCUCUUGGUACUCCAAUCUCCCGCUUGACCGGAGCUUCGACAGCCCAGAUGGUGCUUGGGUAUCUUUACGGAGUUCUUGGUCAUCAGCGACCGGAUUGUUCGUCGCAAUGAAGGCGGGGAAGUCAACAGGGCAUGCGGCACAUGGCAACCUAGAUGCCGGUGACUUCGUGCUGGACGCUUUGGGAGAAAGGUGGGCAAUUGAACUCUGCCACCAGGACUAUCUUUCACACGGCUAUUUCGCCGGCGAGUCGCAAGACAGUGAUCGCUGGCUGUACUACAGAACUCGGACCGCCGGGCAGAACACGAUACUCUACAACAAUACGAAUCAAAAAGUAACAACCGCGCCCUCGGUCAGCUUCGCGAGUAGCGGCACAACGGAAACCGGUCCAGCGUUUCUGGUAGACGACAGUAGUACUGCUCUAUGGAUCACAAACUUGACCUCUGCCUAUCACGGACCACGCAUCCGACGGGGUUUGAAACUUUUGGGUGGACGCUCUCAGGUUCUGCUUCAGGAUGAGAUCCAAGGGGCUGCGCAUACUAGCCAAUGGAGAAUGCAUACGAGAGCUGAUAUAGUGACACAGGAAGGUGGCAAACGAGCUCUUUUGACGAUGAACGGAAAGAGAAUGGGUGUUAUCCUUCAAAGUCCGGCCAUAGCAGCAUUCCAUAUUAUGGAUGCCGUACGUUCCCCGAUCGACCCCCAACUCCCGCCAGGUGAAACAGACGCCCCAAACCCAGACGUGCGGGUCCUAUGUGUGGACAUUCUUCCUGGCCAUCACACAGUCGCGAUAAUAUUUGUGCCGAUAUGGGAUUUUGAAAGAGAAUUUGAUAUGCCACCCCUGAUUCAAUUGAGUGGUUGGAAUUUAACAUCUCAUUUACCUACAUAG